AGGGAUGCUGCUGCCUUGGAUUCAUGUUAGCACCUUGCUAGCAGGUUGUAGGCUAACGGGAGGCACGGGAAUGUUCCACUCUCACUGCCACUCUCUUUAACACAAGCUCGGGACUCCGUGGGCUUGUUUUUAUUUAAAAAAAAAUAAGAAAAUAAAACAUAUAUAGGACAAACUUCUAAACUGUCGAGAUGACGACGCGGUCAGAGAGAGAAAAAGCCCAGAAACUGAACGAGCAGCAUCAGGCCAUUCUGUCCAAACUGCUGAGAGAACAAGACAACAAGUUCUGUGCUGACUGUGAAGCUAAAGGACCUCGAUGGGCGUCAUGGAACCUCGGGGUGUUCAUCUGUAUCCGCUGUGCCGGCAUUCACCGCAACCUGGGCGUCCACAUCUCCCGAGUCAAAUCUGUCAAUCUGGACCAGUGGACGCAUGAACAGAUCCAGAGUAUGGUGGACAUGGGCAACUCCAGGGGCAAACAGCUGUACGAAGCCCACCUACCGGAGAGCUUCAGGCGCCCGCAAACGGACCAAGCUGUGGAGGUUUUCAUCCGGGACAAGUAUGAGAGGAAAAAGUAUUUUGACGAGAAAGGCCUGACCACACCUCCAAAGGAGCCUGAGAGGAGAAAAGAGGAUAAGAAGAAAGAGAAGGAUGAUAAAGGGGAGAGACACAGCAACGCGAAGAUGUCAGAAUGCAGAGCCAGUCCCAAGAAAAGCCCAGAGCCAACUGUGGACCUGCUGGGUCUGGAUGCUCCAGAAGGAGGUGGAAAGAGCCCAAGCAGCAAUGAACUGGACAUCUUUGGACCAAUGGUCUCCAAUCCUCUCCCCUCUGCCAACAACACACAGAAGGCUCAGUCUGGUUCCGGUACGGCACCUCCGCAGCCAGAUCCUUCCUCCACCUCCACCUCCUCCUCUUCCUCUACCUCCACCACUGCCACCACGAAGGCGGAGGAGAAGAAGCUUUUAUCUAAAGACUCCAUCCUGUCUCUGUAUGCCAGCAGCUCGGUGGGUGCUCAACCACAGAGUCAACAACAGCCUGCUGCAGGACAAGGUGUGUACAUGGGCCAGUUUAUGGGCGGAUGUCCGAUGAUGUCCAGCAUGGCUCUGCCCAACGGGAGCUACGUGGGCAUCCAGCAGCAGCAGCAGCAGCAGCAGCAGCAGAGCAUGAUGGCAGCCAACCAAGGACAGAACACGUACCACAUGCAGCAGCAGCAGCAGCAGCAGCAAGGACAGUGGAAUAUGAGCCAGAUGACCCAGCAGAUGUCAGGCAUGGCUGUGAGCGGCGGAGAGUCGGCACCAGGCGGACCCGCGGCCGGUUGGCCCCCCGCCCCGCCAACAGCUUCUGGUCAGACCCUCAGCACUCAGCUGUGGAAGUGAUGAUUCCAGAGGAUGAUGAGUCGGUGGGUGGGGGGUAAACGCGGGGCAGUCAAAGAUCUGGCGCCAGAACAGCAAAAAAUCUGCUCCCGCCCCGCCGUUUUCUAACAGCUCUUAAUAAAGUGCACAGCGGGGGAAAAGUUUUUUUCCCUCGCAAACUACGCAGCCACCAAGACGACAUCACAGCAGAGAAGAAAAAAAGAUACCGUGGCAGCUGUCGUGUUCUGGCGUCAUUUAAAGUUUCUGUUUGUGUUUGUUUUUAUCGUCGAUGUCUGGAGAAAGACACAAAUAUAGAAGAACAUUAAAAAAAAAAGAAACAAAGAGCUGCUGGACCAAUAACUCGCUAAUGAUGGUGCAUUUACACCGAGCGCAAAGCAGUUUUUCUGUGGUCGUUGAAUUAUUCUUAUUACUCGUGUACCUGGCGUCGGGCAACCCAUGGAUUAGUGGAAAGGGAACUUGGCUGGCUUGAACGGGCUUUGCAAGGUACCCGAUCCCCAUUGCUCCCCAUUGAUUUGAUUGAUUGGACACCCUAAAUUGUCCCAAUCCACAAGGGGGGGACACAUACAGUGUACUCGUAGUGCUGGUCCCAAGCCCGGAUAAAUGUUAGUGUUGCGUCAGAAAGGACGUUCGGUGUAAAAUAUCUGCCCAGAUCAAAUAAAUCUGCUGUGGUGACACAUAGAGCGGGAAAACCUCAGCGAGUUGCCGUUUCACUCAAUUUCCUCAAUUUCCUCUGGUUUGUGUCCAUUAUUCAGAUUCCGUUGAAUCACUCGAGGUUUUAAAUCCUGUCGACGUCGCCAGUAGUGAAUCUCGUGAUCCCAGCAAUUACCCUUAAGUAAUGUGAGUAAACAUAACCAGCAUCUGCUAGCCUGUGGCUAAUGCUAAAGCUAACAGCCAACAACCGACCAACCAGCAACAUUGGGACCAACGGCUGAAAGACACUAAACUUUAUGUAACAUCGCCACGUUGGAAGAAUCAAAAAUCACUGAUAAGCUCUCAUGAUUUUGUGUCCAGUCAAAUUAUCACUUGGUUCUAAUACUUCAGCUUGAGCAACCCAAGCACAAAAUGCGGAUUUUGCAUCUUCGCCGAAUUUGUGUCGCAGGAUUUGUCUCCCCCUGGUGUAUCUGGUGUGGAAUUAGCAUCUACAAGCAUCUUUGCGUUGACUUUGUCACGUGAAAAACGGCAUUGCGUGUGGUGUGAAUGCACCUCUAGACCUAGUAUAGUAAUAUUAUAGUAUAUCUUUACAAAAAUGGGUAGUUUGUGAUAUGCAGUAGCAGUAGAUAUGGCUAACUCGUUGUUGGUAUAUGCUUCCCCUGUUCCUCCCCUCCUCCUCCUCCUCUCUCUGCUGUGUAAAUUGUAACCCUCCCCCCUCUACCCGCUCUCUCUGUAGGGUGAGCAGAGCCUUGUAGCAGAUAAUCGUGUGAGCAGUACUGUAUCUACGUGAAUUUGACGUGAAAACCUGUAAGACUUCUUUCAGAGCCAUACGGGGUGAGGUUGAUGCUUUGACUCGCCACAUUUCUGGUUUGAGUUGUGUUUGUUGCAUUGCACAAUUUGUGUGUGUGUGUGUGUGUGUGAGGAGGAGGUUGAUGAUGAUGAUGAUGGUGCCUCCUUUACUUAAAAAACAUCAUGUGAUGUUUACCAUCGCUAACUAGCACAGAUUUCGACUGACCUUUGUUCAAGCUGCUCCAGAACAAGAUGUUAUUUUGCUCUGAUUCGUCGUCACUUUUUCAUCAUUUUCCCCCGACAAAGAAACACAGUUACAUGUUUUAAAGGUCCAGUAUGUAACAUUUUAGGAAGGUUUAUCAGCACAAAUUCAAUAAACUACCCAUAAUAAUAAUUGAUUUGUCUUUUAGCCUCAGGUCCUCUGGUCUAAACGUCCAAUUCUUAAUUAUCGACUCACAUGGAUGCGUCUCCUGUGACCACAUAUGUUCAGAUCUGGCUUCCCCAGUCCUGUAUUCAAAUUUAAAAUGACAUCAUGUUUGUUAGAAAGAAGAAAGUUAUGUUUUUAAUAAGUCCAAUUGUAGAGAACAGAGGGAUGAAAGAAGCUUCAAUGAAUCAAAGCCUGACUUGGGCUGCUGUAGCAUGAAAUAAGAUUUGAACCAUAAGAAAAGUAACAAUAUAUGUUAAUAUUGCAGUGUUGGCUGCAAAUAAAAGAACGCACAAGCGUGGAUUAGAGUUAAAAAGAAAAACGGUAAAACCACCACUGAUGUCCUGAGGACAGGAAUGUGGACCGAUGUGUCCUCAAACCACCUCCGAUUAUUUAUUUAUAUUUAUAAUCAGAUCAGAGGCACAUUCAAAAUGGGAUUGGAAGAGUCCGGACAUGUACUCAGCACGAUCUGCGCAUAAUCUGAUUCCCUUAAGAUGGAUGUUGAUGUCAGAUCUGUAAAAGCUUCAUACAGAAAUAUAAAAAAUGGCUCUGACCAUAGAGGAAACAAAAAAACGGAAGUUCCCUUGCAUGCCAGGGAAAGUUAGGGGUCUGUUUUUGUGUUUUGAAGUGAAAGCUUAGAAAAAUGGCUCCGUUCACACAAACCGAAUGCUAAAACCGACAAAGAAGGAGCAAAGGCCAUCAUCUUGUGCCUCCACAUUUCUUACGCAGUCUGAAAGGAUGUUGUACUCAAAGAAAGAAAAUAUCCCAAUGCUAAAAAGGAGCAGGAAACCUUUCUACCACAUUUCUAGGGCAGCCUGAAUGGAUGUUGUAGUCAAAGAUUGUUGUCCCUCCACAUAAACCAGUGCUAAACCAACAAAGAAGAAGGAGGAAGCUACAAACUGUUCUGGUUCUGGUUCUGUGAAGGCCACCGUAGUUCCCUUGCAUGCUAGGGAAAAGGACAGAUCAGUCUCUAAUUCUUACACACUGGACCUUUAACACACAUCGUGUCUGCUACAUUCACACGAGUCAUCCACAUUGAAUCUGAUGUACAGUUAUUACUUUGACAUUUUCAUUUUCACAAUGUAGAUAAUGAAGAAAAAAAAAAUCUCAGCCUUGAUGAUUAAUAAGUGAAUUUAAUUUACUUUAAAGGGUCAAAAAAACAACAACCAAGGUUGGAAAACAACUGAUAAAUACACUACAAAACAUUCAUUAGGAGCUGAACUUAUUCAACCCAGAUUCUCAAACUGAUAACUGAUUAAAAAACAACAACCGAAAUCUGUGAAUGUCAAGUAUUUCCCUUAAAUCUCAGUAAUUACAGAGCGGCCCGCGAGUCCUCUGGAUGUCUCUUAGCAUCACUGCGGUGUUUUUAAGUGUUUUAAAAGUAGCUGAGUUUGGUGGAAGCUGCGCUCUGACCCAGUUAAGACCGUACCUCGUCGUAUAAAUGAGCCGUUUCGCCCCUCCGUUCCCCGAGGCAAUUUAAAGCACUGCACUGGAGCCACAGUGGUUUGUCUUUUCCGCACUUAAACUAGCUGAGCAGGUACUGUAUCUCUCGACUGUGCUGUGAAUUUCACCUCAAACUGCAGGCUGGGAAAUCCUCAUACUUAGAGUAAAUGUUCCUUCUUUCAAAACUGGACCAGUGUGACGCCCAAUAAAAUGUCUCUCCUCGAUGACGGACGUUCUGCCGUUCACCAUCUUGUGGUGUUUUUGCUUUGUUGUGUAGUACAAGAGAAGCACAGUUAGUCAUGAGCAAAUAAACCUGGACGACCAAGCAGAGGGCUGGACUGGUGGAGAAAGAGGACCUGAAUGAAAACACAUGAUUGGUCCAUUGGGUCUAUUGGGAAAAAAAAAGUGCGUUCACACCAAAUGUGAUAUAGUUUUUUGUUGUUGUUGUUGAUGAGUUACUUGUGCAACUGGAUAAGCGUGUCAUCGCUUUCCGCUUAUCUGGGUCCAAGUCGCAGGGGGGAGCAGCCUUAGUAGGGAAGCCCAGACAGCUCUCCCCAGCCACUUCUGCCAGCUCCUCCGGGUCAGAUUCCAAGGCAUUCCCAGGCCAGCCGAGAUAUAUAAUCCCUCUAGCGAGUCCUGAGUCGGCCCAGAGUAAAUGUCCAAGGCAUCCUAACCAGAUGCCCAAACCAUCUCAGCUGGCUCCUCUGGAUGUGGAGGAGCAGCGGUUCUAAUCUGAGCCCCUCCCUGAUGUCCAAUCUCUAAAGCGGAGGAAACUCAUUUCAUCCACCUGUAUUUGCGAUCUUGUUCUUUUGGUUGAGAGCUCAUGACCGUAAGUGAGGGUUGGAGCAUAGAUCGACUGGUAAAUCAAGAACUUUGCAUUCCAACUUAGCUCCCGCUUCACCACAACAGAAUGGUUGACAGAUCCGCCAACAGACGCAUGUAUUCUGAGUAAAUACAGCCCGUGUCUACUUUCUCCCUCUGCUGGACCAUAAAGAAAUGACGUCAGAUGGUUUUGAUGAACUUUUA